CCCCCCGAUUUCACUUUCAGCAAUAAAGAAUCUCGUUUCAGACAAAACAAAGGGUGUGGUUUCUCUACGCCCAUGGUUUUUGAUCUUACAGUUCCGUCAGUCACUCUAGACAGACGACAAUAGCUAAAGAGCUUUAGACGACGUAAAACGUCUUUCGAUGUUUGUCUCACCUGGGAGGAGAGAUAGGGGAAACCGACUGACGUGACGUCACUCUCGGCCGCCACAUCACCCUCCUCUCGGCUGCGGGCUCGAGCCACCUCGGUGAAAAUGAAUUGAAUUAAUCCGAGGACAGAAAAUAGAGAAGGCGGAAAAAGAAACCAAACCGUUGAAGGGGGACCCAUGCUUAUUCUAGCGUUUCGUUGGCGUUAUAGGACCGUGCACUUGAACUACAUAAGGUAGAAGCUAGAGGAUCUUAGCCGACGUUGUUAAUAAUUGUGUUGUUUAAAAUGCUACAGUGUAUAACUAGCAAUUCAUGUGUGCGGUUGAUACAAACGCACAAAUCGACAUGGUAUUUUUUGUUUUUAGUCUUGGGAUAUAUUUUGUAUCUUAUAUUCGGAGCGGUUGUGUUCUCCUCGGUGGAGCUUCCUUAUGAAGACCUUCUACGACAGGAGCUCCGAACCAUCAAAAAACAAUUCCUCCAAGAUAAUGAAUGUCUGUCGGAAGAACGCCUGGAGAAGUUUUUGGAGAAGGCUCUGGAGGCGAGUAACUACGGCGUGUCCAUUCUCAAUAACGCGUCGGCAAAUUGGAAUUGGGACUUCACCUCCUCCCUGUUUUUCGCCAGUACUGUAUUGUCUACUACAGGUUAUGGCCACACAGCACCACUCUCUAAUGCAGGCAAGGCCUUCUGUAUUGUCUACUCUUUGGUCGGCAUUCCCUUCACCCUCCUCUUCCUCACCGCCGUGGUCCAGCGGAUAAUGGUAUUCAGCACACGCAGGCCCAUCACGUAUGUGUCGACCCGCUGGGGCCUGUCCAAGCCUCUGGUAGCCGUGGUCCAUGCAACACUCCUCGCCAUCGUGGCUGCUUCCUGUUUCUUCAUCAUCCCGGCGGCCAUCUUCUCCUCCCUGGAGGAGAACUGGAACUUCCUGGAGUCGUUCUACUUCUGUUUUAUAUCACUCAGUACCAUUGGCCUGGGAGAUUAUGUACCAGGGGAGUCUGUUAACCAGAGGUUCAGACAGCUCUAUAAAGUGGGCAUCACUGUCUACCUGCUCCUGGGCCUGGUAGUGAUGCUGGUUGUCCUGGAGACCUUCUGUGAGCUGCAGCAGUUGAAGACUCUGAGGAAGAUGUUCUACCUGAAGAAGGAGAAACCCCAGGACCGCCUGGCCAUCCUGGAGCACGACCACCUGGCCUUCACCUCCGUCUCCCACCAGACCAACGCCAGCUCGGUCAAGGAGGGGAAGUGUAAGGAGGUCAGCAUGCCUGUGUUAACCUCCCCUGGCGGGGACGACCCCAUGAUCAGAUAGAGGGGGGGGGGGGUUGUCAAUGCAUCCUGGUUAAACGAGCUUAAAAGGGUUGAGGGAGGAGAAGCGGAGUGGAGGUGAUCAGGUUGGUUGCAUCCUAUUUCUCUGUGCUUUUGAAGUGUGCACUACCUGUCACCAAUUCUCUCCAGGAGAAACUCUGUGGCUAAAACCCUCAGUGGCACAGCUUCCCUUAGCAGGGGGUCUACACUCGCACAAGAAAAAACGCAGAGAAUGGGGAUGCAGCCAAUGAGAGAAUCUAGCGGGCACUCUGGAACAUAGGUGGAUAUGUGUGAGUGCAUUAGAGCAUAAGGAUCAUAAGAAUAAGAUACAAUUUAAAUACGAAAGCUACAACUGUAUUCUUGACAAUUGUUGCUAAUAUUGACAUUUAACGGUUGUAUUUUGUCACCUGUGGGAAACAUAACUAUCACGUUGUUCACUCGCAUCGUAAAAACAGACAUGCUGUAGGGAAAACACAAUAUAACCUUAUGUUGUAGGCUUGUUAACAUAAUACAAAGGGAAGGGUAGCUAUGUUUGGAUUGUCAGAACCUUUUUGAUCCGUUUGGAUUAGGAAUACAUUCACAUGGCAGUCAUUAAACCCAAAUGUACAGGGAGGGGUUGUGUAUCGCCAGUAUACCACAGGGUUGAUCGUCUGUACGACGCAAUGAAGGGUGCCUGAAUACAGGCUAUAACCAUGUUAUAUUGUCCAUAUAUAACAAACCCCUUAUUGCUAUAAUAAACAGCAUACCGAAAUAAUUAGAACAGUCAAAUCUACUUUCUUGCCAUACCUUUGGUGUACGGUAUCAUAUGCCACGGCUUUCGGCCAAUCAGGGCUCGGACGACCCGGCAUGUAAUUCCUGUUAAGCACAAGUAUAAAUACGUAGAUGUGAGCUUCACUGAGAGCGCUACCGACAUGACCCGUUGGGGAACAUUUGAGACGCCAUACAUCACGUAGUGUCUGUAUCUGUAGUGUUUGAUGUAUUUCCUGGUGUAAUUUACUGGAGUUAACAACGCUUGUGGUCAGGCAACCGUUUAUCAGGUAAACAGCGAGUAGCACAUUUCGUCAUUGGGAAUGCCUUGAAUGUUAAUUACAGACGUUUGUUUGGUGCUUAUUUGUGAUGUUAUUCUGAGGUAAACGUUUAGUAGCGCAUGUGCUGUGCGUGUUAGUCACGUGUAUCUGUCUGAAAGAAAGGGGCUUAACUGGGCCUGAUGUGCUGUUUAUUAUACUGCAGGUUGGAAAAAGCUGUUUUUGAAGGGAACUCGACAGAGGCAGGCCUCAAGCAUUUUACACACCUAGAUGAAACAAAGCUGUGUAGAUGCAGUACGUGGGUGGUUCACCAUGACUUUCCAAAGGUUUUUAUGAAAACGCAAAGCACCUUGUUUUUUUUGCCAAGUAUUUUCCUCAGUCAUCGGAUCACAGCAGGUUACCGUAGAUCUUAUGUGGUGAAAAUGGGAUAUUGCUGGAUUGAACAUUUUGUACCUAAGCCGAUUAGUUUGGGAAGUCCUCUCCUGUACCUCAGACUUAAGAUGGCAGAGAGAGUCAUCUAAGGAAAGGAAUAAUUGAUGUCGGUGUUAGUUGCCUGGAAGUCUGUAGGAAGCUUUAGGGCUGCUUUGUGUUUCAGACUUAUUUGCUGCUGAAAAUCUCUUUUCAAAAACAAGAAUAUAAACUAUUUUAGACAUUUUUUUAGAAGAAUCUUAGUAUUUUUUGAAGAUGCUUGUAGUGUUUACGGUGUAUAGUUGAAUGCUGGCAGAAUAUGAAGAUUAAUAAAGUAAAGGUACACUUGAAGAUAGAUCACACUGAUUAACAGCAGGGCUGGACUUCUUUACAUUCAUUUAGACUUAAACAUUUCCCUGGACAACUCUUUAAAGGGACAGUCCACAAUUAAAACCACCUUCUGUACCCUACCCAUUGCUGUAAAAAGCUUAAAGAGCAGGGCUGGAGAAUUGUGACUACUUUCAAAUGUGUAGAAAGAGUAUACAAUGAUAGUUUUAGCUAUUUGAGGCUAGAAUGUUUUAUUUGUUUUGUAUACAUGUACUGUGUUUACAAACGUUGUAAAACAAACUUAAAGAAUAUUUUGGGUUCUGAUGGCAUAGGAGUCUGUUAAACGAAGCUCAAAAGGCAUUCAUAAGACAUUCAUAAAUAAUUAAAGAAUAAAUGCAUACAUAUUUUUAAUUUGUAACUGGUUUUCAGUUAACUGCUAUGUAAUGUUAACUUAAGAUGUGCAAGAAAAAAGUAAAUAUUUGUAAUGAUGUCAUCCUGAUGUACUUACUUAUCUUGCUUGUAGGUAAACACAUCAUACUCAAUCAACACAUUUUACAUUGUAUGAUUAAACUGUUUUAAAUGGGACUACCUGAUUGUAGAGUCUCAGAUGUCAGACUGUAGACAUUUCAUUUAAACAACUGUACUGUUUGUAUUGACGUAUGGAAUUAUGUAUUAUAAUGUUUUUGUCUUUUGUUUCAACUAUAGUUCUUUCCACCAGACUCUUCUACAGCAAACAAUUACCAAACACUGGUUUUAAAUGUUUUGUAAUUGUGUGAACAAUCACUUCCUAAGGGGACUUGACAGUUGCAUUGAUAUUUUGCUGUUAAAAAUAGGCUGUUUGCAAAGCAGUGUUCUGUUCUUUGAAUGACAGAUAUGCCACAUUGGUCUUUUAGCACAAUUUGUUUAUCUUCCAAUCCUGGUCUGUGUUGCUGUGUGAUGUGCAGUUUUCAGUGGCCUGUGUAUCUGCAACAAGACAAUAUCUAUGUAUUAUCGUGCUUUGUUUCAUUUCUCAUAGAAAUAAAUGCAGAUUUCAGUCAU